GUGUUCGAUGCAGAUCGUGAACAUCCCCCAAUUGUAAUCGAUUAGGGCAUCCGAGCUUUAUAUAUGUAAAACCACUAAAACCAGACCGAACGAGCGACUGCGUUUCCAGCAAAGUCCGGUAGAGCUUCGAUCGUCGUACAAGACUCGAGCUUCUCCGCCAAAAGCUCCAUUGCAAGCCCUCAUCGCCUUCAUUUUAUCAGCUCAAGUGUGGAGAUUGUGAGGUGUCAUAUUAACUGGUUUCUGAAGUGCAGUGAAGCUUUUUCUUGAGUACAAAAUUUGUCAAUUUAUACAGUUCUUGGCACUGUUGAUUUCUUGUAAACGUCAUGAAUGUCCCAUCCAAGUUUCGCCUUAUUUCGUACUCGCAAGAGUUGGUUGAUGGACAACCGGUCUAUGUUUCUUCAAACUGCCUUCCUGUCAAGGCUUUGAAGCUUGAACCAGCUGGGCAUUCUUUCCAUGCUGUGGCACUUAAACUUCUUGGUUGUGUGGAGGAGGAAAAAGAUGCUGAUGUUCAGAAGGUGGUUAAUGAUAAGGAGCCGACUUCUAUACCAUCAUUUGAUUCGUACAGCAGCAAAGGUAAAAAAAAAUCUGGUGUUGAAGGCAAACAACAAGAUCACUAUGCGUUGUUAGGUUUGAGUCAUUUAAGAUACCUUGCCACUGAGGAACAGAUAAGAAAAAGCUAUCGCGAGACUGCCUUGAAAUACCAUCCUGACAAACAGGCUGCCCUUCUUCUUAAUGAGGAAACUGAAGCUGCUAAACAAACAAAGAAGGACGAGAUUGAGAGCCACUUUAAGUCCAUCCAAGAAGCGUACGAGGCUUUAAUUGAUCCUGUGAAGAGAAGAAUAUAUGACUCCACUGAUGAGUUUGAUGAUGAAAUCCCCACUGAUUGUGCCCCACAGGACUUCUUCAAGGUGUUUGGUCCUGCUUUUAUGAGGAAUGGGCGGUGGUCGGUUAACCAGCCAAUCCCAUUUUUAGGUGAUGAGAAUACUCCACUGAAGGAAGUAGAUAGUUUUUAUGACUUUUGGUACACCUUCAAGAGCUGGAGAGAGUUCCCACAUACCGAUGAGUUUGAUCUUGAGCAAGCUGAGUCUCGUGACCAUAAGAGGUGGAUGGAGAGGCAGAAUGCAAAGCUUUCAGAAAAGGCUAGGAAGGAGGAGUAUGCUAGAAUACGUACUCUUGUUGACAAUGCGUAUAAAAGAGACCCAAGAAUUGUGAGGAGAAAGGAAGCAGAGAAAGCUGAGAAGCAAAGGAAAAAGGAGGCCAAGUAUCUUGCCAAGAAAUUACAGGAGGAGGAAGCAGCCAGGGCUGUAGAAGAGGAGAAGCGACGGAAGGAGGAGGAGGAGAAACGAGCUGCAGAAAUAGCUUUGCAGCAGAAGAAGUUGAAAGAGAAAGAGAAGAAACUCCUGCGCAAAGAGCGGAGUCGACUUCGAACACUUUCAGGGCCUGUUAUUUCGAACCGUUUACUCAGUCUUGCCGAGGAUGAUGUGGAAAGUCUCUGUAUGUCUCUUGAUAUUGAGCAGCUUAGGAAUAUAUGUGAGAGGAUGGAGGGCAAAGAGGGGCUGGAGCGAGCAGAAGUUCUUAGAGAUGCAUGUGGAUAUAAAAAUGAUUUGGAGGGUAAGAAAGAAGAUGAGAAGAAAACUCUACAACAGAAUGGUUCCGUGGAGACUAAUGGUACUGUGCUGUUAGGCAGCUAUGAGAAGAAGGAGAAACCUUGGAGCAGAGAAGAAAUUGAGCUUUUGAGAAAAGGAAUGCUAAAGUUUCCAAAAGGAACCUCUCGGAGGUGGGAGGUUGUUUCAGAUUACAUUGGUACUGGAAGAUCUGUGGAAGAAAUUCUGAAGGCAACCAAAACAGUCCUCCUCCAGAAACCUGAUUCUAGCAAAGCUUUUGAUUCUUUUCUGGAAAAGAGGAAGCCCACACCAUCUAUUGCUUCUCCACUUACAACGAGAAUUGAAGUAGAAGGGGUAUUGACUCCUCCUCAGGGCACUGAAACCCCUGCUGAAAAGGUAGAUAAAUCAGGAGAGUCGUCAAGCGGAAGCACAAAAGACCAAAAUCCUAACGAUCCAAUUGCUGAAAAUGGAGUAUCGUCAGGUUCAGAGCAGGAUGUAUGGUCUGCUGUACAAGAAAGAGCACUGGUUCAGGCCCUGAAAACCUUUCCAAAGGAAGCCAGUCAGCGUUGGGAGCGAGUUGCUGCUGCUGUUCCUGGGAAGACUCUGAAUCAAUGCAAGAAAAAAUUUACUUUGCUGAAGGAAAGCUUUAGAAACAAGAAGAGUUCUGCUUAAUUUGCUGGGAUUUUCUCAAUUGUUGCAGGUGUUGAGAAAAUAUUUCUGGGCAUCUCUUAUAUUUUUAAUUCUUUCUAGGCGGAGAUUGUGCAAGCUAUUUUAGGUUUAGAUUGAGAGCAGUUGCUGCUCCGGUCUCUGCCAUAUUGAUUUUGGUGUAGAGCCAAUACAGAUCUUUAGCUAUUUUGGAAGAGGGAUUAUAUUUUGUAUUGUUUUUUCAGGCCAUGUUUUAUUUCACAGUAUCGGGGGUUCACUGCAAUGAGAGAUCUGUGAACGGUCAGCAGCUGCAUGAAAAUAGGAAGAGAUAAUGAUUAAGGUUGAGAAUAGUUUAUGUUUUGCUGUAGCAAUCGGUUAAAUUUCAUUACUAGACACAAUUUGAUUCUACUGAUAACCAAAUUUAUAUAUUUACUUCAUUUCAAGCUU